AUGAGGGUUCACAGCUCUUCCUUUUUGGGUUUUCUGAUCACGGCGGCUAUAGUACUCGCCGCUGUGAACUGCAGUACUAGUGUUCUCCAUUUGGAGAGGACACCCCUUCCUCUCAACUCCUCAGCUGCCCUGAGGCAACUCCGAGCUCAGGAUCGAGCCAGGCACGCCCGUCUCUUUGAUGGCGUCGCCAACUUCUCUGUGUACGGCUCUGCCGAUACCGAACUUUACGGGAUUUACUUCACGAAAGUCAAGCUGGGCUCUCCUCCUCAGGAGUUCAGCUUGCAGAUAGAUACGGGCAGUGAUCUGCUCUGGGUCAACGCCAAAUCUUGUUCUAACUGCCCACGGUCGAGCGGUUUGGGGCUGUUGCUCCUCUUUUCCAACACAAACUUCAAAUGUGCUUUUCUUUGUUCAAGGAUGGGUUUGGAUUUCAUUCGGCCUGACUCCACCGUAGCCACCUCCUCAGCAGCUAUCACAUUUGGAGUUAGCACGUACCAUUCUGGUCCGUCAGUUGACUCGGCCCUCGCUGUUGAUGGAAUUUUUGGACUUGGCCAAGGACCAUCCUCAGCCAUCUCUCAAUUAGCCUCCGGAGGUGUAAUACCGCCAGUGUUCUCCCAUUGCUUGAAAGGAGAGGGCCUUGGGGGUGGUACUUUUGUUCUGGGAGAGAUAUCAGAGCCGGGUAUGGUCUACACUCCCCUUGUCCCAGCACAGCCUCACUACAAUCUAUAUCUACAAAGCAUUGCUGUGAAUGGAGAGCUGUUGCCUGUGGAUCCAGCAGUCUUUAUGACCUCAACUGGUCGUGGAACCUUUGUCGACAGUGGAACGACUCUGGCUUACCUGGUGGAAGAAGCUUACGAACCAUUCAUCAGUGCUGUCUGA